AUGAUCAUGUUGGUGCUGGGCCUCUUGGGCUUUAGCUUGGCCUUUGGAUCAGCGCCUGAAGUCGAAGUUCUCUUUGGGAGCAAAGGUCCCUCGAUCAGCCUUCCAGAUGGUCGCCGUUUGGGAACCACUUGGCAUCCAGAUGCUGAUCCAGAGUUUGUCGGAAUCUUUAUGGCAACAGUCCCAUGCAAGUCAUUCCUAUUCCACACCGUAUCCUCGGGCAAAAACAUUUGCUUCCUCCUUCCAAACUUGGGGGACCGUAGCCACAUGCGGUCGAAGGUGGAGAAAGGAAGGCAAGCUCGAUCCUCCUGCCGACCAGGCACACUCUUCCUUCGCCAUGAUCAAAUGGUGGUGCUCACAUAUGGGCCUACUCAAGACCAUCAGUCCUACAUGCCACCCAUCCUGACUGUGGAUACCGAGGACUUGCCUGCGUUGGAGGCUUUCGGUGAGGAAGUUUGGACAGAACAGUUGCGAGGCGAAAGCAAAAAAGCAUUCACGCUUGCUUUUACCUCUGUCGGCAAGCCGGUGGUUGGAGGACCACUUUUCAAAGAUGAACUCACAGGCAACCAAGCAGUUGACGAUGCAGUGGCUGCCAUUAGAUCUCAGACGACUCGCCACUGGUUGGUGCCGCCGGAGGAAGUGUUUGUCCUGCUAAGCAAAGGACAUCCGGAAGAGGGGACUGCAGGUCAGAAGUUCCCACCAAUGACAAUCUUUGGCGGAGUUUUGAUGACUUUGACAUCCUAUGCGCACAGCGGCAGUUUGAACGCUGCUGCAUCAUUGUUCGCUGAGGGCCCGGAUGGGGUUGCGCAGGCCGACCUGAAGAUCAUCAAGCGACUCGUCAACAAGAUUGGGGACGCCAACCUUCCUUACCUUCGAGCCUUGAGCCUUCACACUGUUUGUGAGUCUUUUGAACAGUUCUUCAGGGCCUUGGACCAAUCUGAAACGGUUCUCCAAGUUCAAAAGCUGAUGCAAGCCAUCUCUCUGUUUGGUGCACUGAUGCAUGGGUGGGUGGUCUAUCUCUUCCCAUACCGGCUUGGUGUUGGACUCCAUGUGCCUGAGAUCUUCGAACCAUCCAGCCAUCCAUCGUUUAAUGUGCCACUUCGUUCUCGAGAAGGGCAGGGACUUGGAGCGGCCACCUUUCACUCGGUCUCAUUGACCGAAUUGGCAGUGGCAGCACGUGCAAAAGUCCAGGAGCUUUUGCCAUCGAACGGAGCCAUCUUAUUUCGUGGCCUCCCCCUAUCCACCUUUUCAGAGGCAAGUGAUUUCAUUGCGGCCCUCGGCUACACCAUGUACCCUGACCCAAGUGGUCGAGAGAAAGUGGCAGACAAUCUUGCCCACUCCUCGCUGGCAGUUCCACCCUCUUUCAACAUAUGCCCACAUCAGGAGCACAUAGUGAGUCAGCGGCCGCCCACGAAGCUCUUGCUCUUCGCCCACAAGCCGUCCAAGGUUGGAGGCGAGAUGCCCCUUUGCAAGGCUUCUGAUGUUUGGACUUCGCUGCCACUGAAAGUGAGAGAGCAGCUUUCCAAGAGGGGAGUGAGAUUCCUCAUGGUACGCACGAACGCCAACUCCUCGGCAAGCAAUAUCUCUGCAUCCCGAACGUGGCAAGAGCACUGGCAGACGCAAGAUGUGUCUACGGCCAGAAGGCUGGCCGCAGAGCAAUUUCCGGGCAUGGUCACCGUGGAUGAGCAUCAAACCAUUUACGUGAGGAGUCCACGCCUUGAAGCGUACAAGGAGUCAGAAGGCAUUACAUACUAUAGGACACAGCUGCAAAACAUGUACUCUCUCAAUUGGUUCUGGGGAGAUUCAGAUGAACGCAUCAACAAUGAGAUCUUGGAAGAGAUCAUGGGCGCUGUUUGGUCUCCUUGUGUGGUGUUCACAUGGCAGGCCGGUGUUGUCGAACAUGAAUCAGCAGCCACCACCCUGCGUUGCCCCUGCGCUCCAAUCCUGGAGCUUUGA